AUGCCUCGUAGCUGCCACGCUAUCGGUUUACCUCAUUGGAAUGGCUUCAGCACGGCCCCAGAGCAAACCACACCGCCUGGGGAACUGAAAGCAUCAGACCUCUUGAGAGAUCGCGGCAUCACGCCCACUUACAACCCUCCGGCAGGCGAGUGGUGCUACUUGGGCGCAGAUCAGCCAAAGCCCAUCGUACAGCCAGUCAAGUUUCGCGUCCAUGACCAUCGCGAGCGAAGGCGAGGAACAGACAUGAGCUGGAUGAAAAUGAGAGAGCAAGAUGAGGAUGCUAGACCGAAAACGAGCACAGCACCUAUCCAGUUUUUCAGGCAAGCGCCGAGACGAGUAAACACCAAUUCAGAGCUCACAGCGUCCUUUGAGGCAAGAUCGAUGGAGAAAAGAAGAUUGACGCUGGCGGAGGAAUUCGCUCUGCCAAAACAUAAGCCCUCGGCCGUCGCAUCAGCACGACAAGCACGCUUCCUACAUACGACACGCCCCGCCCUUCUCCAAUCCAAACCUCCCAAAACGCGCGAUCGCGGCCCCAAGAGUGAUGAAGACACACAGACCGACUUCAGCGCUCUCGACGUCCUCCGAAAUACGGUUGCGCCUGCUACGUCAAUCGAUGCCUGCACAGGCGAUGGCUUCGCACUCAACAAUCAGAUGCGCAUUAGCGGGUGCGGAAUUCUCUUAAUAGGCGGUGAAGCAUAUCGAUGGCGGCCAUGGCUACGCGAAGGAAGGAAAGAAGGUACUGUUGCUGGAGGAGGCACAGGAGAUGAUAUGAUGACGGGCAGACUGCUGAAUGCAAAGGGCCAAUGGGAAGUGCAGGAGCGGGCUUGGGGAGUGCUGGAGUUGCUAUAUCCAAAACCUGAUCUGCUCAUCGUCGGCACCGGCCCCAACACUAUCCCUCUUGCGCCUGCGGUUCGCAAAUACCUCAACGAUUUGGGCAUACGACUAGAAGUUCAAGAUACUAGGAACGCGGCGGCGCAGUUCAACCUACUUGCAACGGAAAGGGGUGUAGGGCAGGUUGCAGCAGCGCUUAUACCCAUAGCACCCGUUCUCGCAGACCUGCAGGAGCUGAAGGCGCUGACGCCCGAGAGUCUGCCGCCAGGUAACUUGAACUUUGCUACCAGGUCGCAUGCUCAGGUUCUUAAUGAGAAACUGCUGCCAAUAGGCAAGUUCAUCGGAGACUACCUAGACGGUAUUCCAGAGGCCAAGCGAGGUGUUCUCGAGUUGCGGAUAUGCCGCUAUAUUGCCGACGAAUACUGGCCGUUGCCUGUCGAAAACUUCACCUAUCUCAAGAUACAGGAGAAAUACCGCAAUGCCCUCUACAAAAAGGCCCAACGCGGGACUGGUGGGCCAACCGUCGAACCGCCGCUGCCUGACGACACAUCUUCUAGCCACCCGUCAUCUGAAGACCCACCAUCGGAGGCUGCAGGAUACAAGGAUACAUUGAGCCAAAAUCCUGUCACCAUGAGUUCAGAAGGCGUCUCAAGCGUAGGGAACAGGGAUUUGAACAGAUAG